AUGGAGAAAAAGAUAGUGCGCAAAGGGCCGCUGCCUGGAGGUAGCCAGGGCGCGUCUGGAGCUGGCGCUGGACGCGACAGCAUGCGGGCCGCCAGCCGAGCGCGGGGUGUUGCAAGACCACCUAGCAGCCCCCCGCAUCCAUCAUCCCCACCAGAAGGCUUGGUGUCGGCUGGGUCUUCUCGGACUCAGCAAGCGGCACCCGCCGCUGGUGGAGCACGUCGCAUGCGUUGGUCUAAAUCAAUGAAUGAAAACGCACUGCGGGCGUAUUUUAGGGCAAAAGGGGAAGAAACUGGAUGUUUGGCGUAUCGGGCUCGGAUGCAUCGCUUUUUUGCAGAGCUGGAGUCAUCUCUAUCCGUCACUGAGCAAAACCUGGCAGACCGAGUUAGGUACAUCCUGCGCUCCAACAUAUUUGGUGACACCGAACUCGAGCGACUACGACGUGAGGCUAUUCCUUCAUCGAAUGGAAAUGCUACGGCUGGGAAUGCGGCGCCACUAGAUGCGCAACAAACUGCAUAUGUGGAUGCUGCCGUCAACAUUCCAUUUGUGGCUAAUUCAGACGAUGAUGGAAUAGUCUCCCACGAACUAGAGAAAAUGAGGAGCAUAUUGGAAGAGUCGAUGCUGGAAACGCGCAGCAUGCCUCUCGAAAAUCGACCGCGACUUCCCCCGCAUACCCCUUAG